AGUUAUAAACAAAAACAUACGUUUUUCGUUCCAAAAUGGCGGCGUUUGUUUACAUAUUGUAGGAUACGACGCAGUUUUGAUUCCCAGUCCUGGUAAUAUGAGAAUUUUUAAAUCGGACUUUACUGCUUUUAUUGGCAGAAUUUCAAGUUUCUGUGGAUUUUACAAACAAAGCGAGUGAAUUUGUGAGUCCGACAAGCAAAUGACUAUGGCAUGUAGCACUAAAUGUAAUGUAUGCUUUGACGACCAAAACAUUGAAGAGGAAUCAGUCCGCUAUUGUGUGGAAUGCAAUGAAUUCUUUUGUCAAAGUCAUGUCGACGAACAUAAAAGUGUGAGAUUUACAAAAAAUCAUAAAACCGUGGCAGUAUCCGACGGCAUCAAAUUACAGGAAAAACAGAAAAUUAACAGUUUAACAAAAGAUGCGUCAGAGAAAAUGCACUUACAAUUCAAUUUCAGUCAGUAUGGAGAUGACAAAACCAGGAAAGCGCCUGGAAAGCCAGAGAUAGUAAAUGUUGGAUCUGAUUCACUGACGAUUGAAUGGAAAGAGCCUGAUGAUCCUAAACAAACAUAUACAUAUCAACUCAGCUACAAAAUGACAGACGUACCAAACAGCAAAUGGAAGAUACAUACGACAGAGAUAAACCAAAACAUGAUGAAGCUCACAAAUUUAAAGUCAAACACAUCAUUUUGUUUUCGCGUGCGUGCUGUAUUUGACGACGAGGAAGGACCCUACAGUCCGAGUAGUGAUAUUGUCAAAACCGUGGAAUCUCCUGCUGUCAGAUUGAAAGAAUUUUCAGCAAUUGUACAAAAAGGCACACCAGAACGGCGUUCACUACCAAUUACCCAAGUUGAGAAUUCUAGAAAUAAUGAUGCAAUGACACAGAAGUUUGAGUUAGGAACGAUGAACAGAAACUUUGAAGGGAAUGAGAAGACAAUUAUGCUUGUUGGUGAAACUGGAGCAGGAAAGAGUACAAUGUUAGACGGGAUGGUCAACUACAUUCUCGGAGUUAAUUUUUCCGACACAUUUCGUUAUACAAUUGUCCAUAUGGAGGAAGAUGAAUUGAAGAAGCAGGACAAUCAAGCAUUUUCACAAACUGACUGGAUUACCCAAUACACGUUGUUUCCCGAAAGAGGCGGACGAAUUGAAUAUGCUUUAAACAUCAUUGAUACUCCUGGAUUCGGAGAUACAAGGGGUCAAAAAAGAGACAAGAAAUUAGUUGAUCAAAUACACACUUUAUUCUCAUCAAGAGAUGAGAAGGGUGUAUUAGGUAUAGAUGCUAUUUGUUUCUUGAUCAAAGCACCAGAUGCAAGAUUAACACAUACACAAAGAUAUAUAUUUGAGUCAAUAAUGUCAUUGUUUGGGAAAGAUGUAGAAAAAAACAUGUGCUCAUUGAUUACAUUUGCCGAUGGCCAAAAACCCCCGGUACUUGCUGCUUUAAAAGAAUCAAAACUUCCGUUUGGAAAAGAUUUCACAUUUAACAAUUCUGCAUUAUUUUGUGAAAAUGUUAACAUUGGUCCAAAUAGUCUUUCUCCAAUUUACUGGGACAUGGGAACAAGAAGUUUUGCUGCUUUCUUUGAGUCCCUGGGUAAAAUGCACACGACAAGUCUCGCACAAACAAAAUCAGUUCUCGAUACUCGCAAACAAAUAGAGAAUACCAUUCAAAAUCUUCUCCCACUGGUUGAUGUUGGCUUGAGUAAACUCGCAAGCAUUCGAAAAGAGAUUAAAUUUAUCGAACAACACAAACUGGAUAUAGAGCAGAAUAAAGAUUUUCUUAUUCCUACAGAACAUCCGAAAGUAAUAAAACAUGAUACUAAGGCUGGACAGUAUGUUACAAAUUGCCUACUUUGCAAUUUCACUUGCCACCAACAUUGUAUAUUCAGUGACGACAGCGAUAAACAAUACUGCGCAGCAAUGGGUGGAUCACGAAGCAAUUGCACGGAAUGCGCAAAAAAAUGUCAUUGGUCACAACAUAAAAACAUGGGAUUUUACUGGGAGCUUAAAAUUGAGGUUACUUAUGAACCAUAUUCGAAAAAAAAAGAUAAAUAUGAAGAAGCAAUGGGCAAAAAACUUUCAGGAGAAGGUGUUUUGCAAGCAAUGCGAAUAGAAAUAGAAGAAUUAAAGAGAAACAUAGCUGGCAUGAUGCAGAAAAUCACAUCAUGUAAUAACAAAUUAAAGGAGAUAGCUUUACGUCCGAAUCCGCUUAGUCUUGUUGAGCAGUUAGACAUACUUAUUGAGGCGGAAAGAAAUCAGAAGAAAAGGGGAUUCGAAGAUAGAAUCCGAGAACUUGAGUCAUAUAAAAAAGAGGCACAAUAUGGAAAACUCGUAGAACAUUUCUUUGUAGAAGAAUCUAAGGUUAACGAUGAGCUGCAUCAACACGGUGUAAUCGAGAAACCAUCACUGAUGAAUAGAUUUUGCAAAACAAUCGGCUGGAAAACUAAUAAAUAGUUUGUUAUUGAUGCGUUUACAAAAUUUACAAACAGAGAAAUACUGAGAAAAUCUUAUGCAUUAUCCUGAGGUAAAUACUGGCAAAAAUUACUCAAACUGAUUUUUAAGAAAACUUCCCUCAAUUCUAUUCAAAUUUGUAGUAAAGUGAUUUUAGUAAUAAUAUUUUUUUUUUUAAUUUUGUUAAAAACAAUUUUUUUAAUAUUAAAUUAAAAAAAAAUAUUAUUAAUAAAAAGUUUGAAAUAGGUACCCACCAUAUUUUCAUGUUGAAUUUUCAAGGUUAUAACUUAAAAAAGUAUGAGCAGUAAGAACAGCUUGAAACAAUGUUGGUGAAUGUUCUUUCUUACUGUACAAAAUGAGCGUUUAUGAACCAUUGCUAACUCCUAUUAUGAUUUCGAGCGAUCGCCUUUUGUACUUCCCAUACUUUAUUUCUUAAUGCAGAAUUACUUAAACGUACUAGAGGAAUUUUACGCUAUGUAAAGCAACAGAGUUCAAAUAUGUAUUCAAACAGUCAUUUUGGGAUAAUUUGAGUCACAAGCCAGCUCUCGCAAAACUACUACAACACAACCUUCUAGACAAAUGGGACAAAACUUGCAUGAUGACGCAAUGUUUUCAUUCGUCGUUACCUUCAAAGACAAAUUCCAAUUUAUCGUUGCAUGAACAAACGAUGCUAAAACAUUAGAAAAAUAAUGAAACAGUAAUGUAUACCAAGUAAAGCUUUCAUCAGAAUAUACGCACAGCCUUAGGUAAAUAUAAAUGAGUCGAAGUAUUAAACUGAUAGGCUUAACUUUUUAGCUUGACUAUUCGAGGAAAAAAUUGCGAGCUGCUGUACUAACCCCAGGCUUCAACUCUACUGCAGUACAGAGCUCUUGGUAAAUAAAUACAGACAAAGGAUUUUACUAGAUUGUUAUAGACAUAUUGAUUAAAAAAUAAACGUUUGUCCAGGUGCUUACAAAACCAUAUUUACACUUGGUAAAUAAUAGGGCAUUUCUUAAACAAAGUUAAUAAAAAGGGUUUUUAAAUUGUUUAUUUCUUCUAAUAUAACUAAUCUAAGAUUUGUUUUGUAAGUCAAAGCUUAACAUGUUUCGAUAAACCUUGUCAUUGGUACAAUCAAGAUAUACAAAGUGAUUAUUUUAAUGAUAAUGAGAAUAAGUUCUGUUAUAUAAACUGAAAUGGUUAUAUUAUUCAAGAUUGAUCAAGAAAGUAUUUUCAAAUUUAAGCUGGCAGUGACUUUGAAAAUCCUUUGACAUUGUCUUACACAUCGGGAAACUUACACGUAUACUUAACGUCCAUUAAUUUCAUAUAUUAAAUGAACAACCCGCAUUGACAUUAAAACAGUUAAUCUUGCAAAAGAUGUUUUGAUCACUUAUUGGAUUGCAAAAUCUCUAUUAUUGAUUAUGUUUUUAGCUCACCUGUCACAAAGUGACAGGGUGAGCUUUUUUGAUCGCUUUUCGUCCGGCGUCCAUCCGUCGUCCGUCCGUCGUCUGUAAACUUUUACUUUAAAUGACAUCUCUUCAUAAACCACUGAGCCAAUUUCAUCCAAACUUCACAGGAAUGUUCCUUUGGUAGUCACCUUUGAAAAUUGUUCAAAGAAUUUAAUUCCAUGCAGAACUCUGGUUGCCAUGGCAACCAAAAGAAAAAACUUAAAUAUCUUCUUCUAUAAAACCCAAAGAGCAAGAGCUUAGAUAUUUGGCAUGAAACAUCUUCUAGUGAGUGUCUACCAAGUUUGAUCAAAUAAAAGCCCUGGGAUCAAAAUUGGCCCCGCCCCAGAAGGUCAUUGAUUUUCCCUAUAUGCAUAUAGUAAAAACUUAAAAAAUCUUCUUUUAAAGAACCCAAAGAGCUAGAGCUAAGAUAUUUAGCAUGAAACAUCUUCUAAUGGGUGUCUACCAAGUUUGUUUAAAUAAAAGCCCUGGGGUCAAAAUUGGCCCCGCCCCAGGGGGUCAUUGAUUUUCCCUAUAUGCAUAAAGUAAAAAAAAAUCUUUUUUUAAAGAACCCAAAGAGCUAGAGCUUAGAUAUUUAGCAUGAAAAAUAUUCUAAUGGAUGCCUACCAAGUUUGUUCAAAUAAGAGCCCUGGGGUCAAAAUUAGCCCCGCCCUGGGGGUCAUUGAUUUUCCUUAUAUGUCUAUAGCAAAAACUUAAAAAAAUCAUCUUUGAAAAAAAACAAAUAGCUAGAGUUUAGAUACUAAGCAUGAAACAUCUUCUAGUGAGUGUCUACCAAGUUUGUUCAAAUAAAAGCCCUGGGAUCAAAAUUGGCCCCGCCCCGGGGGUCAUUGAUUUUUCUUAUAUGUGUAUAACAAAAACUUAAAAAAUCUUUUUUGAAAAAACUCAAAUAGCUAGAGUUUAGAUAUUAAGCACGAAGCAUCUUCUAGUGAGUGUCUACAACAAUUUGUUCAAAUAAAAGCCCUAGGGUAAAAAUUGGCCCCAGCCCGGGGGACAUUGAUUUUCCUUAUAUGUAUAAUGCAAAAACUUAAAAAGCUUUUUUUUGAAAAAAACUCAAAUAGCUAGAGUUAAGAUAUUAAGCACGAAACAUCUUCUAGUGAGUGUCUACAACGUUUGUUCAAAUAAAAGCCCUAGGGUCAAAAUUGGCCCCGGCCCGAGGGACAUUGAUUUUCCUUAUAUGUGUAUAGCAAAAACUUAAAAAGCUUUUUUUUUAAAAAAAACCCAAAUGGCUAGAUUUUAGAUAUUAAGCAUGAAACAUUUUCUAGUAAGUGCCUACAAAGAUUGUUCAAAUAAAAUCCCUUGGGUCAAAACUGGCCAUGCCCUAGGUGUGUCAUUGUUUUUAACUAUAUGUGUAAAAAAAAAACUUGACAAGCUAGACCUUAGAUGUUUAGCAUGAAACAUCUUCUAAUGGGUGUCUACCAAGUUUGUUCAAACAAAAGCCCUGGUGUUUAAACUGGCCCCGCUCCAGGGGCCUAUAUACAGGUGAGCGGCUUAAGGGCCAUCAUGGCCCUCUUGUUUUUGUUUGCCAUUGUCUUGAAAAUACGUAUUAUACAUGUAUGUUACUCUAAUUGGUUUAUCUUGUAUAUAUAAUAAUAUAUUUAGACACAGGAUGGAACACAAAACCCUGAAAAUUGUACCGAAUUAUUUUCACCGGUUAAAAAAAAACAAAAACAAACAAACUGAAAUUAUGACAAUUCUAUAUGCAUUGAUUCUAUUGAUUCCAAUAUAAAGAAAAUAUUUAUUUCUUGCUGAUUGCACAAUUAUUUGUAUGUAAUGUUAAGAUCAUGGUGUCACUUUAAAGCGUACUUAGUUUUUUUUAGUGUAUGCAUUCUAGAUUAAUAUGUUUACCAAGAUAAUUAUAUGUGUAAAAACUGUUAGAAUGUGUUUUGAAGCUCAACGUUAUCUUGAAAGACAAAGUACUGCAUGUCUCUGUAUGAAAAGCUUUUAACUGAUCUUAUGGUCAUUUGUCUCUCACCGUUGAUUUAGAUAAUCCUAUUUGAUAAAAAGUCAGUCUUCUGCGAGGAAAUUAGUACCUCCUUGAUAGUCAUCCAGGAAAGCAUGAUAGAUUGAUCUAUCGCCGAUAUAAGAAGAAGAAAAAACAAAAUCGGCGCAAAAACAGAAUAAUAAACUAGCAGAUAUACGUCUUAUCAAAAUGUUCCUUCUGUAAAUGUUAAAAUAAUCUAAUGUUGAUAUUGUCUCACAAACUCGAUAUUUUGGUAACAUCAUAAUAUAGCAAAAUUGUUUUAGGUAAGGCUUAAUUCAAACAAAUUACUACUCUAAAACCUGAAAAUUGUUAAAUUUCUUUAACUGCUUAGAUCUUUAUAUAAAUAGUAGGUUGUAAAUAACAUUUUAAGACUUUUUAAUUCUAAAUUUGCCUGUCUCUGACUCUUGUAUACUUACCAACUUAAUAGAAACAAAAUCUUAGACGGGCUGUUUUAUUUUGUUUCGUCUGAGAAACUUGUGUAUAUAGCAUGUGUAAGUUUGUAAAUAAUUAUUGAUUGCAUUAAUCUGUCAAAUAUAAAUAAUAGAUAAAUUUGCCGUGUUUUUAGCUCACCUGAGGAUAAUGUCCUCAAGGUGAGCUUUUGUGAUGGCCCAUUGCCCGUCGUCCAUCGUCCGUGCGUGCGUUCGUGCAUCCGUCAACAAUUUCUUUUAAUAACGUCUCCUCCUAAAUCACUUUGCCAAAUUUGUUGAAACUUUGCAGGUUGUGUUCAAAGAAUUAAAUUCCAUAAAGAUUUCUAGUUGCCAUGGCAACCGAAAUAUUUUUUUACAAAAAAAAGUCUUAAAAGAUCUUCUAGUAAAAUACCAAAAUAGUCUAAGCUUUGAUAUUUGGCAUGCAACAUCUUCUAGUUGAUGUCUACCAAGUUUAUCAAAUAAAAGCUCUAGGUUCAAAAUUGGCCCCGCCCCAGGGGCUAUUGAUUUUUCUUAUCUGUAUAUUGUUACAGAUUUAAAAAUCUUCCUGUGAAUAUUCAAAAGAGGUAGAGCUUACAUGUUUGACAUGAAACAUGUUCUAGUGUACAAUGUUUGUCUACCAUGUUUUUCAAAUAAAAUCUCUAGGGUCAAAAUUGGCCCCGCCCCAGGGAAUUGAGGGCGUCAGUUCAAUCCCCAGUUAGGUCAAAUGUUUGUUUUCCUUCUGUUUUUCUGUCAUCUUUUUAUUAGCUCACCUCUAAUUUUGUGACAGGCUGAACUGUUAAAUAAAACGGCUGCCAGAGCUAAAAUUAGAAAACAACAACAUCUAAACCAUUGCUUCAAUUUUGAAAUAAUUUUACACAAAAAUUUCCUUGGUGACAGUGUACAAAAUUGUUCAGAUUAACCUUCUUUUCAUUGUUUUCAAAUUGUGCUUCUGAGAUGAAACAGGGCUCCACUUUGACCUUUUGAUCUAUUUCUCAGGUGAGCUAUCCAGGCCCCCUGGGCCCUUUUGUUUGUAUGUUUUAAUCUAAUGAUUGAAUAUCACAAUUGAUAAUAUGUGGGUUAACUAUUGUAUACAAUAUUCUGUAAAAAAUAUGAUAAACAAGAUCAACAAUUUGUCAAUAGGGUUUCUGGUAGUGUCUUGCUUUUAAGAUUGUUUUAAAUACUUGUAAUAUAUAUCUUAUCUUAAGAAAACCCAUAAACUUAUAUUUUCCUAUAUAUUCAUUAUAAUAUUAGACUUUGUGAAAUCACUACCAUGUGACGCAUUUUAUUGAUCUGUGUAUCUUUUUGAAUAACGAAUCAAACUAAUUGUAUGUUCUGUUUUGUAUCAUAGUUUGGGGACGUUUCUGUUGAAAAUGUGUCAGAGUUAAAUCGUAUACAUAUACAUGAACCGUGCGUUAACUGGAGUACAGGUUUAAGUUACCCGCACUCCAGAGCAUGCUCAUUGAUUGGCUCAUUUUUGCUGGGGUUUACAUAUUGCGACGGCAGAGAAAGGGAAAGCGACAGAAAUAUCAUAUGCAGAUGUUCGUUCAUUGGUUCCUUUUUGCCGGGGUUUCAUAUUGUGACAUCAGGGAACGUGUUUUUAUGUUUGACUAUGAUACAAAAGAGAAAGAACAUCAAAACACUCGGCAAUCUGAUAAGUACUCGGGGGGCUACGCCCCCUCGCACAAAUCAGAUAACGUCGUGUUUCGAUGCUCUUUCACUGACAUAGAAGGCCCUCACUUAAAAUUGCUAUGAUGAUCAUGUUUUAGUUAGUCAAUGUAAUUAAUAAUCAUUGAAGGAGAAAGAACCAUAACCUUUUCUUCUUCUUUUUGCAUUUUCAUUUGUAUUUGUAUUCUACUUUUCUUGAGUUCUAUUAGUGGCCUUCUUUUUCAACCCUUUUGUUUUUCUUGUGUAACAAGUUAAAAACAUACUUAAGCAAUCUUUAAUAACAUAUUUAACCAAAUAUUUAGUUUUAGUGUGGUUAUUUUUUUGUGUUUUUUUUUUUUUAGCUUUUUUUUUUUUGGGGGGGUGUUUUGUUUGUUGUUGUUGCUGCUGUUGUUGUUGUUUUAGAGGACUAUUUCUCUUAUACAAUUGAUGCAUUUUGAGUUAAACUUUAUUGAAAGAUCGGCAUCUCGUGUACUUGUGCAUAACUUAUAUGUUUUUCGGUUGAGUGAUUUUGGCUGAAUUAUGGCCUUUCAAUAAAUAAAUGUUUUGGCCUUUUUUAAUUUUUAGCUCGACUAUACGAAGUAUAUGGAGAGCUAUCCAACUCGCUCCGCCGUCGGCGUCCGCGUCCAGAUUUCAGAUUAAAGUUUUGGUGCAAUAAAAUAUUUUUCACUAUAAUUUUGUCAUUUCUUAAGGUAUCAACUUCAAACUUAAAAUAUAUGUUUAUUAUCAUCAACCACAUCUUAUGUGACAAUGUUCAUAACUCUAGUACCAAUAUUUUCAGAUUUAUCUCUUCUUGAACUUAUAAUUUUUCUUAAAAAAUACUAUUUUUACUGUAACUUCUUUAUUUCUUAAGGGAUCAACCUCAUACUUCAAAUAUAUGUUUCUUAUCAUCAUCCCCAUCUUAUGUGACAAGGUUCAUAACUCUAACACCAACAUUUUCAGAUUUAUCUCCCCUGGAACUUAGAAUUUUGCUUAAAAAAUACUAUUUUUUACUGUUACUUCUUUAUUACUUAAGGGAUCAACCUCAUACUACAAAUAUAUGUACCUUAUCAUCAUCCACAACUUAUGUGACAAUGUUCAUAACUCUAGCACCAAUAUUGCAAGAAUUAUCUCCCCAAAAACUUAGAUUUUUUUUACUAGAAAAAUGUUAUUUUUUUCCUUUUUUUUUAGUUUUAAAGGUAUCUACCUCAAACUUCAAAUCCUGAUUCCUUAUCAUCAAUUACAUUUUAUGUGAUAUUGUCCAUAACUCUUGAAGCAAUAUUUACAGAUUUAUCUCUCUUUGAACUUAGGAUUUUCUUUAAGAAAUAUUAUAACUUCUUUACUUUUUAAGGUAUCUACUUCAACUUCAAAUAUUAUUAUAUUUCUUAUCAUUACACACAUGUUGUGUGACAAGGUUCAUAACUCUAGCAUGACUAUUUCUAGAAUUAUUCCCCUUGAUCUUGGAAUUAUGUUAACAAAUGUUGUUAUUUAACUAUAUUUUAAUACAUAAUUAUACAUAAUUGAUUUUUCUUUCAUAGUUUUGCCCUUCUUAAUGCGUCCAGUAUUUUAUUAGUCGAGCUUCGCUGUCUCCUGUGACUGCUCUUGUUGUGUCUCCAGCUACUUAGCAGCUACAAUAUGCAGGGGAAACAUGUGAUCCCUGAUCGCUCUUACAAAUGUGUAAAUGUUUCAGAUUGGUGCAUAGAUUGGUAAGUGGUGGCGUUUUUUCUUGUUGUUUGUUUGUUUGACACACAACUGUUGGAUAAUAAAGCAAUUUUUAUUUCCUCGUUGAAUAUUUCUUUUCAAACGUCAAUUGAACUCUAUUAAUAAAAUUGUUUACUUACUUAAUUCAUUUUUUCGUUGAUUAAUCUUAACUUUAUGACUUUGAUGAAUGGAAUUGUUGUUAGGCAUUUAGGCAUACAGGGGAGGGUCUCACAUGAGGUUACAAAAUCCUUUGGUCAAACCCUUUUGUAUAUUGUGUAGAAUUACGUAGUGUAUGUUUAUAUAUAAAAAAAUAUUUGCAAAAAAAAUAUUGUUAUACUAACAUAAUUGAUAAUAUAAAGGUUAUUUGUACUUAUAACGUAUUUUUUUUAAUUUUACAGUUUGCUUUCUCAUUUCUGUAUCAUUUGUUGUUGUACUGCUUAUGUAGCUUAUAUAAAAUAUGAAUAUUUCUAGUAAGAUAACAUUUAAUAAACAUUACCAACUGACAUUAUUCUCAUUUUUCACUGUCAAGCUGAGAUAAAUUUGUUGUAUAAUUCAAAAGCUUGACUAUUUUAAUCGUGGUUGAACAAAAAUUGAUAAUGAAAAAUGUUUAGGAUACAAUAUAAAAACUGCCUAAAUUAUUAAAAGACUGUCCCACUCUUUUAAUAAAAGGUGAUUACAAUAAGUUACAAAGAAAACGUAAACAUAUUUAUGUUUGUCACAUGGUUAUUGACUACUUAGCUGACGUUUAUCAUAAAAUUGGAAACAACUAUGACAAAAUGUAAAGUUAUUUUGGUUCUUACCAGAACACUCACCGUUUAAUUUUGGAAAGGUAUGAUAAAUGUCAAAGUCUUUCAUAUUAUCUUCUAGAGUGGUUGUUAAAUGAUAGCAUGUUAUAUAAUAUUUUAUGAUUUCGAAGAUUGCAGUUCCUGUAAUGACACAAUUGUUUUCACAAAACAACAAAGUAAGCAUUUUAUGCGAAACCUUAAAAGUCACGGUAAGGAUAAUUGCACUUUAUUAGAAGAAGAUAUAUUUUUUCUUCUUUUUUAUUUUAUUUAUAUAAGGUAUCUUAGAUAAAGGUGGGUACAUCUUUCUUCUUUUGCAAAGUAACAUGGGAACCGCAUAACAUAGAGACGUUUAUCUUUGUGAUUGAAGUGAUAAUAUUUUGUUUUCGGCAAAUUAAAUGUUUGGUGUUCUGUUGACUUUGUACGUAAAAACCGUUUAUAAAAAAGUCUUGAAUCAAUUUAACACAUAAUAUAAAAUGCGAAAAGAGUUCUAUAUUUAUAUAUUGAUCGCAUGUAUACCACAAUAAGCAGAAUACAAAUCGAUAAUUUAUUUAUUCUUUAUCGUUUCUAAAAGUGAAUGAAUUGUAUUAUUUAGGUUUUUUUUUCUUUUUAAACAAUAUCUGAAUAUAAAAAAUAAAAAUUAUAUCACCUGGUCAUUGAUAAAUAAACAGAUUUUUUCACCAUUAUAUAGUUAGCGCAUGUAUAUGAAUAUGUCAAUAAAGCUUUAUUCGGAGAA